AAUGAUGAGAGGGAGAGAUUGAAUGAGAGGGUCACAGGGAAGCUGAGAAAACCCAUCACAACAAAUCUUCCCCAACAAUCAAGGAAGUGGAAAUACCGAACGCCUUUUUUUUUCUCCCUCCACGCAUGGCUGCCUAGUUUCUAACAGACAGAAGUUCUGCAGCAGCCCACAAAGUUCUGGGCGCGGAGGCAGACGGGGGUCCUCGCUGAAAAAGGAUGGACCACUUCAUAAGGAGCAGGGCGCGCAGAAGAACAACGCUAUUUAUUUUUAUCCUACUUCAUCUAACAACGGCUCAAACGGCUGAUCCUGUUGAUGUUUUGCGAGCGCUCGGGCUGUCAGAGAACAUGGAGGGGGUUUCCUUGGAGGCUGGUUUCUGCACCAGCAGGAGGGGCACAGAGGAGACAGACCUGGCUUACAACAUCAAAAAGAUCCAGCUCAGCGUUCCCACUAAACAGCUAUUCCCUGAUUCCAGAUUUCCUGAGAAUUUCUCCCUGAUGGCUACCAUAAGAGCUAAAAAGGGCUCCCAGUUCUUCCUUUUUUCAGUGUACGAUGACCAGGGGGUGCAACAGGUCGGACUCGAGGUGGGCCGGUCCCCUGUCUUUGUGUAUGAAGACCAGCACGGCCAGCCCAUUCCACAAAUGUAUCCUAUUUUCAGGAAGAUCAACAUGGCGGAUGGAAAAUGGCACAGGAUAGCCUACAGCGUGAUCAACAAGACUGUGACCCUUUACCUGGACUGCCAGAAGGUGCAAACUCUGGAUCUGCUUCGGGGGGACAAUGCUGUGGUCAGCACCGAUGGGGUCAUUGUUUUUGGAACACGGCUCCUGGAUGAAGAGAUUUUUGAGGGAGACAUUCAGCAACUGAUGAUUGCGGAUGACCCCCAGGCUGCUGCCAACUACUGUGUAAACUUCAUACCAGAUUGUGACUCGGCUUUACCGUACAGCAGUCAGACUCUGGACCAGCAGGAGGAAUCUGCACCAGCGAGCACACCGCUGGUGGCGGAGUAUGAAGAUGACAUUUAUGGAGAUUUGCAUGAAGACCUCUUAAUUUCUACAGUGACUGUGGGUCCAAAUACUACUGAUUAUAUGAUUCUUCACUAUGAAGAUUUUUUAAAUGAGACUCAGUAUGAAGAAUAUGAAACAUAUGAGGAUGACUUUGACUUUGCAGAGCGGGAAAGAGCGGAGACGCUGGAUGUCGAGGCUACACUCAGAGCAGAGAAAGGCCAGAAGGGAGAACAAGCUAUCAUUGAACCGGGUUUAUUAGUGGAAGGACCCCCAGGCCUACCAGGGCCAGAGGGGCUUCCUGGGCCAGCUGGACCAACAGGCCCUCCAGGACCCAGGGGAGAUCCAGGUGAUCUGGGUCCCCAGGGACGCCCUGGUCUUCCCGGGGUUGAUGGGAUCCCAGGUCCUCCAGGAACCCUGCUGAUGCUACCAUUCCAGUAUGGAGGCGAUUCACAGAAGGGGCCGGUGGUGUCUCCCCUAGAGGCACAAGCGCAAGCUAUCCUGCAACAGACCAAGCUGUCACUUAAGGGGCCUCCAGGUCCGUUGGGUCUGACAGGGCGACCCGGCCCAAUGGGUCUUCCAGGUCCAUCUGGCCUCAAAGGAGAUCGUGGAGACAACGGCCCCACUGGACCCCGUGGGUUUCCAGGACGCCCCGGAAUGAUUGGAAAGUCAGGCAAGAGGGGACGUGCAGGCGUGGAUGGAGGUCGUGGAUCGCCAGGUGAAACUGGUGCAAAGGGUGAUAGGGGCUUUGACGGCCUGCCAGGUCUCCCAGGAGACAAGGGACACAUAGGGGACAGAGGAAGGUCUGGUCCUCAAGGGCCUGUUGGAGAGCCAGGAGAGAAGGGUUCUGAUGGACCUGUGGGGCCAAGAGGUCAACCAGGUGAACCAGGUCCCCGAGGUCUUGUUGGGCCAAGGGGGACACCUGGCCAACCUGGGCAACCGGGGAUUAAUGGAGUUGAUGGAGUGCAAGGAUCAAAAGGCAACCAGGGUCCAGCUGGAGAAAUAGGGCCUCCGGGUCAACAAGGAAAUCCAGGAGUUCAGGGGUUUCCUGGUCCUCAGGGUCCUAUUGGAUUGCCAGGAGAAAAGGGUCCCCAGGGUAAACAGGGCCUGCAGGGACUACCAGGCACUGAUGGUCCUCCUGGUCACCCAGGAAGAGAGGGCCCCCCAGGAGAAAAAGGCAUCCAAGGUUUACCUGGCACUCAGGGACCCGUUGGAUACCCAGGCAGUCGUGGAGUCAAGGGAGCAGAUGGGAUUAGAGGUCUAAAGGGGAGCAAAGGCGAAAAAGGAGAAGAUGGCUUUCCAGGAGUGAAGGGUGACAUGGGUGUUAAAGGAGACAGGGGUGAUAAUGGUGCUCCUGGUCCUCGAGGAGAAGACGGGCCAGAAGGACCAAAAGGUCAGACUGGACUGCUUGGAGAUCCAGGAACCCUUGGUAUAGCAGGGGAGAAGGGUAAACUCGGGGUGCCCGGCCUGCCCGGUUACCCUGGACGACAAGGCCCUAAGGGAUCACUUGGCUUCCCUGGCGGGGCCGGAUCCAUAGGAGAAAAAGGAAGAAGGGGUCCUGCCGGCCAGCCAGGUUCUGGGGGUCAAAGAGGUCCUAAUGGAUCCCGUGGGGGGAGAGGAGCGAGGGGGCCGACUGGAAAGCCUGGAGAAAAGGGAUCAGCCGGACAAGAUGGACCUCCAGGAUCUCCUGGAGAACAGGGUCCUCAAGGGCCACAGGGUCAAAAUGGAGAAACAGGACCUAAAGGACCCAAUGGUCUACCAGGAAAGGAUGGAUUACCAGGUCAUCCAGGUCAGAGAGGAGAACCAGGUUUCCAAGGCAAGACCGGACCUCCUGGCCCCCCGGGAGUGGUUGGGCCACAGGGGAAAUCUGGUGAGACAGGGCCAGCUGGAGAUAGAGGUCAUCCAGGUUCACCAGGACCACCAGGUGAGCAUGGUUUACCAGGAACUGCUGGAAAGGAGGGAGCCAAGGGAGAUCCAGGCCUGUCAGGAGUCCUGGGGAAGAGUGGCCCUGCUGGACUUAAAGGCUUCAGGGGAAGCAGAGGGACCCCCGGUGCAAUGGGCCCUGCUGGUCUUAAGGGUGGAGAAGGCCUACCUGGUGUUGCAGGGCUUACGGGUGCUACAGGAGAGAGGGGUCCCGCUGGGCCUGCUGGAGCGAUUGGCCCACCAGGACGACCAGGCAGUGUGGGCCCUGCUGGGCCAAGCGGGGAGAAAGGCACGCCAGGAGAGAAGGGAGCCAUUGGGCCUGCUGGGCGAGAUGGGCAACCAGGACCUGCAGGGUUGCCUGGGGUUGCAGGAUCCCCUGGGCCUCCUGGGGAGGACGGAGACAAGGGAGAGACGGGUGGACCGGGCCAAAAGGGCAGCAAAGGAGACAAAGGAGAAUCUGGACCUCCUGGACCUGUUGGGAUUCAAGGACCUGUGGGCCAACCAGGACCUUCUGGGGCGGAUGGCGAGCCAGGUUCUCGAGGUCAAAUGGGCCUAAAUGGACCAAAAGGCGAUGAAGGAUCUAGGGGCUUUAAGGGACCACCCGGCCCCUCUGGAUUACAGGGGAUGCCAGGACCCCCAGGGGAGAAAGGAGAGACUGGACAUGUUGGUUCAAUGGGGCCUCCAGGACAGCAUGGCCCACGUGGCCCUCAGGGAUCCCCUGGAGCUGAGGGCCCACCUGGCUUGCCUGGAGGAGUUGGUCAGCCUGGUCUUGUUGGAGAGAAGGGUGAGGAUGGAGAAGCCGGUGACCCGGGGGUGGUUGGGGAGCCCGGCCCUCCAGGUGCUAAAGGCGAUGUGGGCGAGAAGGGGGACGCUGGUCCUCCCGGUGCAGCGGGGCCUCCCGGUCCCAGAGGAACACCAGGAGAAGAUGGAUCUAAAGGCAACCUUGGCCCACUUGGAUUUCCUGGAGAUUCGGGGCCCCCUGGUGAACCUGGUGUCAAUGGGAUUGAUGGUUCACCUGGACCUAAAGGAGACAACGGAGAAAUAGGAAAAACAGGGCCACCAGGAGCCUCUGGAGAGCCUGGCCCUCCUGGACCCCCUGGUCGGAGGGGUCAUGUUGGUGCUGCAGGAGAGGAGGGGAAACAAGGCAUGAAAGGAGUCAAAGGAGCUUCAGGAACUCUGGGUCCAGUGGGAAAGACAGGACCAGUAGGACCCCAAGGCCAUCCAGGGAGGCCUGGUCCAGAAGGCCUUCGGGGCAUUCCGGGUCCUGCGGGUGAACAAGGUUUAAAUGGACCGCCAGGACAGACUGGACCACCUGGACCAAUAGGUCCACCAGGACUACCGGGAUUAAAAGGGGACUCGGGGAGAAAAGGAGAAAAAGGCCAUGGAGGCUUGAUUGGUUUAAUUGGCCCCCCAGGAGAGCCUGGAGAGAAAGGUGACAGGGGCCUGCGAGGGAAUCAAGGUUUGCCAGGGUCUAAAGGAGAUGAGGGUGUGGUCGGCCCAGCUGGUCCUAUUGGCCCCCCAGGUGUACCCGGACUGGCUGGAGCAGCUGGUGAGAAGGGAUCUAAGGGGGAGACGGGGUUUGUUGGUCCCAGAGGAGAUCCAGGGCCUGCUGGUCCUCCAGGACCCGCGGGACCCCCUGCAACAUUUGUUCAACCACUGCCAAUUCGCGAGAGGAGGAGGAAAAGACGAAGGCACUUAGAUGAGGCAGGAGGAGCAACUCCGUUGACGGAGGAGGAUGUCUAUUUUAACACAGAGGAGUUCCUCCAGGGGGAUGAGCCUCUGGAAGACGUUGAGGGAAUGGAGGAGGUCUUUGCCACCCUCUCUUCCAUGAAGAAUGAAGUGGAGCUCAUGAGAAAGCCUCUGGGAACCUUUGAAAGCCCAGCCAGGACCUGCAAAGAGCUCAUGAUGGUUCAGCCGGACUACAAAGAUGGAGAGUACUGGAUCGAUCCUAAUCAGGGUUGUCACAGAGACUCUAUUAAGGUCUUCUGUAACUUUACAGCCUUCGGAGAGACCUGUCUCCAACCUGACAAAAGGAUCGAGAUGGUUAAAUUAUCACCAUGGAACAAGGAGACACCAGGAAGCUGGUUCAGCCAAUACAGGAGGGGCAAACAGUUCUCUUACACUGACAGGGAUGGGAACCCCGUGCAUGUAGUUCAGCUGACCUUCCUGAAGCUGCUAAGUGCCACAGCCAAGCAGAGCUUCACCUAUACCUGUCAGAACUCAGCUGGCUGGUUUGACAGCACCUCCCGCUCCUACCAGCAUGCUCUCCGCUUCCGGGGCAGCAAUGGCGAGGAGCUGACACAAGCCAAGAGCCCCUUCGUUACAGCAGUGCACGAUGGAUGCCAGACUCGUAAAGGCCAGGAAAGAACCAUUUUAGAGAUUGUCUCCCCCACUGCAGAGCCGCUCCCCAUCAUAGAUGUUGCUCCGGCAGACUUUGGCGGCAAAAACCAGAAGUUUGGAUUCCAAGUCGGACAAGUAUGCUUCAAUGGCUAACGCACCAGCAACAGCAAGCACCUAAGACCUUCACUGUAUGAUUUUAACAAAAGAGCCUGGACUGACCAUAGAGUGUCAGGUUUUUCGUUGUGGGAUUCUGGUAUAUUAUUUAAGACUCUUCAACACACUUUGCAAUAUUUUUUUGUGGAUUUCUAACAUUCAGAAGAAUAGCAAGAAAUAAGAUAUGCAACAGUGGGGACGAAGCACAUGUACUAAAGGGAAUUAUUACAGUUAGAACUAUUUAAUUUCUUUUAAUCUUUUCAUCUGGGAUAUUAAUGACUCUGCAUUUAGAAGGACUACUCCACUCCACAGUACAGAAGCAGUAGCAGUCAUAGACAACAUGGAUCUGUCCAGACAGGGUCUUUUUUUUUUUUACUGCUGCGUGGGAUGGUUAGGCUAGACUUUUCGCCUUCUAGCUUCUUACAAAAUCCAAGAUUUAAUAAAUCUGAAUUGCAAUACUCAUUUGCAUGUUUGACUUUCUCAAUAAUGACAAUUUCGGAGCAGUUGUGAACCAGCAGAGCAUAUUAAUUCCACAACAGCACUGUAAUUAAAUUUCUAUGUGCAGGGAUGAUAAAUUGUCCUUUUUACCCUUCAACUGCAGUUCGCUCAAUGAAUUACUACGUUGUGUAUUCAUUAGGUGUAGUGAGCUAUUGAACCCAACACUUACUUGAACGAAUAUGGCUGUUUGCUUUUAUGGACUGCUUCCCUCCAUAGCCUUCCUAAUAAGGUUUACAAGCCCUUUCGUGUUUCUGCCGACCAGAUUUUGGUUUGUAUCAGAGCAACAUCAAGUCAUCAGAGGUAAAUAAUCACUUGGGGGUGGGCAACAUUUCAACAGAUGAAUUAAGAACAUGACAAUUAAAACAUUAUUUAGUCUAAAGUUUUGGGAGCAAAUUUGUUGACCACCUUUUGAAUUUGAAUUUCCUGACUCAGGCUUUUGUGUGUGCACAUCUGUUUUUUUUUUUUUUUUUUUUUUUGUCUUUCUUUUCUAAGUUCACAUGCUGAAUUUUGGACAGACAGCAUUGUUAUUCAGGCACGAUUUUCCUCCUCUGUGGUGCUUCAGAUGAUUCUGUUAUUUUUGUGUAACUAUGUUUGCGUGCCUCCGUGGGCUGGAUCGUGGGACUGGAGAGUGAGAGGGUUAUUGCUUUUUCAGCAGCACAAGACACUCGAACAGGGUUGGGAAUUGCGCUACGGAUUUCUUUUUUAUUUGCACAUCCUCUGGCUGAUUGCAUCAUUUCAACAAAGCCAGCAAAGGGAGACUUUAAAAAGUUCAGGUUGAUUGCUCUUAAGGGGAAAAUCCGCUUGUAAGCCAAUUUUAGAUUCUGAUUUUCCAGGGAUUUCCAGGAUUUCCAGUAUCUUGAAACAGAGACUACAAUCUCUUUGAAAUAGAACUUAUAGAACGGAUGAAUUGAUGAUUUGGAAGUUAUUACGUUCUUAUAAAAUCCCCAUAAAAGGUGAUUAGAUCAAGGUAAUGGACAGUAGCUUUCAAAGAGUAGACCUCCCUGUUGAAAUGACAGGUUUUUGUGACGUAAGAAAUGAGACCAGAUAGGUAAACCUUUUCCACAUAUAAUGUAGUACUCAUCGUGUUUGAUGAAAUUUAAAAAAUAAAAUAGUUGAUCCAGGUUGUAUGAGUAGUGGAAAGUUGUUUGCACUGUUGUCUUGUAGCAAAAAUAAAGUCCUAAAUACAGGUUUGAUUCCAGGACUUGAGCUUUUCUGAAUAGAAUUUGGAUAUUCUCCCCAUGCAUGUGUGGAUUCUCUUCCUGUACUCUGGCUUCCUUUCUAAGGCCAAAAAUAUGCAUGUUUACGUUAAGAAGCCGAGGGCAUGUUUAUGUUCAAAGAUUGUUCUAGACUCCUGCAAACCCAUUCAGAAACUUUAAAUAAAUCCCCAUUAAGUCAUUCCUUUUUUUUAUUUGGAUACAUACUUGCAGUUAGUCUGAUGCUAAAAACAAAUUGUUAUCUUAUUCCUUACCAACUAGCUGAGACCUGAAGGGUUUGGGCCUUCAUUUGAAACUGGUAAUAAAUCUUCAUCCACCCAAACCAAAACCUCACAUCCAUCUGAAGAGAAGUAACCCCAGAGUAUCGUGUUGCUAGCACCAUAUAUUGUUCUUUUCAUCAGAUCAUAAUACAUUCUCCCACAAGUUUCUGGUGGAGAAAAGUCUGUCUUCAACCCUACUCCUUUGGAGGAAGAGGAAAUUACUGUCACAUCCAGAACACAACCUUGUUGGAAAUUCUUUCAGCUCCUUCAGUGUUGCUUUUGGCCUUGUGGCAGCUUGAAUGUCCAGUUUCAGUCUCGUCUUUUCAUCAGGUUUAGAGUCAUGUUCAGCUUUUGAAAUGUUUCCUGUUGUCCCAUGUUUUUUUUCUAUUUUUGUUUACCGCCUUCAAUGUGGCAUGGUAUAGAUAAUGCUCUUUCUUGCAUGUUUCUUUAUAUUGUUGCCUUUUUACAAAUAUAGCUCCUUUUUAGAUUUUUUGCAACCUGCCAAAUAUGGCUUUAUUUUAAGGAUUCAAAUGAUCUGAUGUAGGAAAAAUCGUGUUCCGUUAAAUUGUAUUUAAGACAUACUUCUUAAAUUGAAUCACAUGCUUCAACAAGGUGUUUGCUCAAUAUUAUAUUCUUUCCCACUGCAAUUUAUAGGUUUACAUGAUACACUAUAUGUGGGAAAAAACUUCUUGAUUUAUCAAAGUCAAUUUUUUUUACAUCUCCCAAUUCUUGUAUGUUUACCUUUUGAGAGCCAUUGCAAUCCACAGACUCUGUUUCUAUGUACUGGAUUGGAUAUUGUUCCUUGAAUUGGUAAAAGGAGCCGUGAGAUAAUGUAGAAAUGACACACGCCUGUGAAUUCAUUUUGAUGGCUGAUUUUAUCUCAAGCUUAACUAACAAGUGCUUAACUACCUCCUCUGACUCAAAAAGUAGAGUGCGUAAACGGCAUGUAUAAUUAUACUAUUCAGUCCUGCUGUUCCUUUCGUUUAAUAGCAUUUAUGCAGUCCAGUUGUUUCCCUCCUCUUCCCCUGUCACGCACUGCCCCUUUUGUGUAUAGUGUUUAUUGUACUAAAUUUAUAAACUGUACAGUUCUUCCUUAGACUUUAAGACCAAUAGCCUGUUGCCUGCAAUAAAAAUGAAAUGUAUUUUACAAAAGUUGAUGUGAAAAUAAAGACUCUACAAGAUU